AUGACAGAUCCAGCAAUUUCCUCAGUAGGUCAAUUAUAUGGAGAAACAGACACUGGUGAGGAAGGAUUUAAAGACUUUUUUGAAGCUCACUAUUGUAAUGAACUUUGUUUAAAACUUGGAUUGAAACAUCCAAACGGUGAUUUGUACAUGGAACAUCCAUCUCUUCCAAAAACAAUUUCAAACACAAUUGACCAUGUAGACUUCUGUUCAGGAUACUGUUGUGGAAACUAUAUUGAAUACAAGAUUGGUGAGAAAACACCAGAUGGCACGCUUUUUUGCAACAAAUGUAACCAGCGUAAUAGUAUAACUGAAAAGAAAGUUUGUAAAAAGAAAGGAUGUUCCCUUAAAUUUGAAAUUGAAAGAUGGUAUUGGGUAUCAACUGGAAAACAUCCACCAACCAAAUGUCAUCUACACAGAGGAACUAUAGCAUCUGAAUUAAGGGAUUGGAAGAAAAACAAAACCCUACCAAAUGGAGCUCUCUUCACUCAAGAAGAAAUGCAAAAUCAAUUAGAUAAGGAUCCAGAUUUGAAAAAGCAAUUUGAGAAGAGUAUCAUCCAAGAAAAGAAACCAGAUUUAUUUAAUACUGUUGUUAUUUCAAAUCUCCCUGCUAGAACAAAUUCCAUGGAUAUCUUUAAUAUGCUUCCCCCUUUCUUCACUAAUAGAAAUCAGAAAGUGAAAGUCACUGAACUUGAAGUGCCUUCAACCUUCAGCAUUGAGUUUGAGAAUGAACCAAUUGCGUUAGAGGCAUAUCAAAUUCUUGGAUCAUACAUCCAUAGAAGAAGAUUAAUUGUUUGUAGACCUCUACAACACAAACAUGAAUCAGUGAAACUGGAUAAAAGCUCCAUCAAUAUUCAGUUGUCAAAGUAUCCAAAUGUUAAAUGCAGUGAUAUUUUACAAUAUUUCAAGGAUUCGAAUUACAAAAUUCAAGACAAGUACUAUGAGGAAAACAAGUUUGCAAAUUUCACAUUCUCUGAUCCCUCAAUAGCACCAACCUUGGUCUCAAAAGGUUUAUCUAUUGAUGGCACACUUGUUAAAGUUGUUUAUAAGAAGGAGAAGCCAAUUACUAAACAAGAUGUACCACUAAAGAAUUUUAAGGAAAAGAAAAUAGAAAUUGAUGAAAACGUUGACAAGACAUCUGUACACAUCAAAUGGAGACCUAAAAAUCCAUCCGAAUCUGUUCAGUUGCAAGAGAUUGAUCUUUUAAAACUUUUGAACCAAUCUGACAUUUUUAAGAAGAAAUUCAAUUCUGCUAAAUCAUUUAUGCAAAUUACUUUCAAAUCAGAACAAUCUGCAGCAUUAUUGAUUAAAAAUGGUUUAAAGUUGCCAAACUUCAAGUUUACAAUCAAUUUCAAGAAGAUACAAGAAAAUGAAAGGAGCAAUGAUUGUAAUGAAAAACGAGUACAAAGUGAGGCCAAAUCCAAAAAAGAAAAGCAAUAUCCAAAGGUUGUGGCAAACUCGCUUACUCCAACAUCUGAUUCAACUACCAAAAAUCUUAAAAGCAAUAUUUCAACAUCUAACAAUCAAUCACCCAAGCAACAAAAUAUUUCUAAAAUGCAAAAUUUGAUGUUUGUUUUUGAUAUUAACACACUUUUGAAAAUUGGUAAUUUACGUAAUUUACUAGGACAAUUUCUAGAAAACCACAUCCAGUUUUGUGUUCCAGAUAUUAAAUUGGACGAAAUGAACGAAGACACGUUUGCGGUUCAAAAUUUAGUAGAUGAAUUCAAAGAAAUCAAUGUACAAGUUCCUGAUGAAUCAAAUAAUCUCACUUUAAGAACUCUUAAAGUAACCAAAAAGGUGUCUGACAAUUAUCCAAAUAGGAAUGUUAUGCUUGUGACAGAUGAUAAAGAAUUGAAAGCUAACGCAGAUAAAUUCAGAUUGAAUGUUAUCAAUAGCUCAGCAAUGAAUCAAUUAAUUAGACAGUCAAGCGUAAAUAAUUCAGUACCAAAGCCAAUACCAUCAAUUUCCAAUCCAUCACAAAAAUCUACAACUAUUCCAACAACUAAUACUGUUGAAACAAUUAUCAUAGAACCAUCUAAUCAAAGAACAACCAACACACCUGUACCUGUUCCUGUUUUGCAAAGUAUGACCAAACUGAUUAGUCAUGGAAAGAGAAAAUGA